CAUUCUCAACAAUCACAGAACCUCAUACAAGCCACGGACGUACAGUAUCUGCAUGUUUCAACAGGAUAGGCAUCCCCCUCAAUUCCCCCUCAAUUCCCCCCCCUCAAUUCUCAGCCUCAGCAGUCUAAUGCACUUGAGACGAAGCAUCAUCAUCACUAACCCCAAUAUAAGACACAAUGGCCGUAUUAGUCGUUAGUCGCCAAUAGUCUCAUGCCGGCCAGCCACAUUUGGACAGCACCCAAUUAUUCCGAGAGCUGAAGGGCCGCUCGGUUCGUAUUGAUGCCGCUAGGAACGGCUACGGCCCGUGAGAUCUGGUGUUCUAGGCUUGGAUGGACUGCAUCGAUAGUUUCGUUGGUGAGAAGACGCGCAGUCAUCUGCGGGGAAAGCUCACCACGGUAUGUGAUGAAAGUCUCAAUUUGAGCGGGGUUUGCUAUAAUGCAGUCGAUUCAUCCUCCCUCAUCACAUUGCUUGGCUCAGCUAGCCACUUUGUUGGUGUUGUGAUGGAGCUUUCCGGAUGGGAACCUCCAUGGCCAGACUCAUUAGCCAAAGGUCCUGCAUAAAUAGAGCGCAUGUUCCCAGCGAGAAAGCCAGUCUCAUUCAAUUGAAGCAGAGAAAUAUAUAGCAAUUGUCUUCAUCAUGUCUCUCCCAGCUGAAGAACACCACCUCCAUACCCGUGCCUUCAAGCACAUGUGGGCACGACACGUCGCCCAAAAAGGCUUCGAAGAUGAUGUCCAAGCCGCAGCCAAGCGCGUCAUCCAAGCUCAACAGGAGCAUCCUGAGCUUUUCCCAAAGAAGGUUCAUGAAGAUGAAGGCGUUAGUAAGAUCCUAGACAAGACCCAGAAGCUCACUGGUGUUGGAUUCGUCCCCAGAAAGUCCAACCAUCUUGAGAUUGGUAUCAUCGGCGCUGGUGUCGCUGGCCUUUUCACUGCUAUGGUGUUCGACUGGUUGAAUGAGCAGUGUGAAAAGGAGGGAUUGAAGAUUGAGUAUGACAUUAUGGAAGCGGCGAAGAUGAAUAGGCUGGGAGGAAGGUUGUAUACGCAUCGGUUUUCGUAUGGUGAGCAUGAUUACUAUGAUGUUGGCGCUAUGCGAUUCCCCAACAACACCAUCAUGAAGAGGACCUUCCAGCUGUUCAAUUAUAUCGGACUCAAGCCCGGAAAAGGUGGCCUGAUCCCAUACUAUAUUGGAGAUGAGGACAAUGUGUGCCCAACAUACUUCAACGAUGUUUCCAGCGUCGGGAAUGUUUGGACCGCAGAAGCGGAUGAUCCAUUCAAGAUCAACGAGGGUCUUCCUGAUAAAGCCAAGAUCCCCGUUCACCUACUCCAGGUGAACCCUUCAGACCUAGUCAGUGAGGCCUUGGAGGACUUCAUCAAGGUGGCUGCGGAGAAGUUCAAGAAAGCUGUUGACGAGAAUGAUGAAAAGGGACCUGAGACGACUAAACUUUGGGCCCUUCUCAUGGAGGCUGAUAAGCUUAGCACUCGCCAGUUUCUCGCUUCGGGAGAUGGUGACAGGAAGAAGAGGGAGGGCAUCCCUAAGGACAACUCUGGUCCUAUUCCCGAAGGACCGGGAUACAACUACAACACCAUCGAGUGGCUCGAGUCAGCCACAUACGGCACUGGAUGGUACGACCAAUCCCUCACAGAAUGCGUUCUCGAAGAACUCGACUUCGCAACUCCCAAAUCAAUCGAUGGCCAACCCACCAACUACUGGUGGUGCAUUGACGGCGGCGCCCAAACCAUCGCGCACCGCAUGGCAAAAAUGAUUAAACAACCCGUCCAGUACAAUAGCCAGGUCGUCGCCAUAGACGCCCAAGUCGAAGAGCGCAGGAAACGCAAGCCCAAGGACUACACUUCGAUGAAAAUCCGCAUUAACAAGAAUCAAGUUGUCAAAGAUAAAGAGUACUUUGCUGUGUUCAACAGUACCACGCUUGGUGCUCUUCAGAGAAUGGAUCUGAAGGAUGCGGGUCUUCUUUGGGGUACGAAGCAGGCAAUUCGGGCUUUGGGAUAUGGUGCUUCGUGCAAGGUUGGUAUCAAGUUUGAGACCGCGUGGUGGCAGAAGGCCCCUUUCAACAUCAAAAAGGGUGGUAUCGCGCAUACUGAUCUUCCCCUCCGGGUUUGUGUGUAUCCGUCCUACAACAUCGAGUCCAAUGAAGGCCAGGAUUGGGAUCCUAACAAGCCCGCUGUUCUUCUGUGCUCUUACACCUGGGGCCAGGAUGCGCAGCGUAUUGGAUCUCUGAUCUCACCCGAGACGCCCAAGAAUGAAGAGCAGCUUCUCUCCGUUCUUCUCCAUGAUCUUGCGCUGUUGCACUCAAAGCAGAGCGACUACACGUACGAUCAGCUUCUCGCUCUUCUCAAGGAUCAGUACCAGGACCAUCAUGCGUACGAUUGGUACAGAGACGAGAACAUGUCUGGCGCUUUCGCAUACUUCGGCCCAAGUCAAUUCUCCAACAUGUGGUCAGAGAUCAUCAAGCCCAACGCCUACGGCCAACUGUACCUCAUCGGCGAAGCGUCCUCCUCCCACCAUGCAUGGAUCGUCGGCGCCCUCGAGAGCGUCAUCCGCGCAGUAUAUCUGAUGUUUGAGGGCCUUCAAAAGCAAGAACCCGACAACGCAGCUUACAAGAAAGCCAUUGAGCUCUUGAGUAAAGAACCCGACACUCCCAAAGAAGGCGGUGAUGUCUUUGGUGGAUUUCCGGGUGAUAAACCCCAAGAGCCGCAGAAGUUACCAUCUGGUCUUCCGUUCCAUCCUCUGCCGGAGGAGAUGCCUAAGAGACAGCUGGAUGCUGAUCGUGAUGCGAAGUUGGUCAGGGAUCCGUUGGAGGAUGUCAAGUUUGGUGACGAGGUUUCGCUUUUGUUCUCGAGUGCUAUGAUCACGUUGAGUUUGAUUGAGAGCUUCUUUGAGCUGCAGGUUGAUGAGGCCAAGGACAAGCCACAGUGAGCAGGUAGUGUUGACAUAUGUCGAAAGAAUUCAGAGAUUCUUUUGUGCGCCAAGUUGACCAACAAAAUGAGCUUGAAUUGGUGAAGUCUGCCAGAAUUUCUUCAAGUCUCUCGUAAGACUUAUCACCAUGAGGAGUCGUCGUCAUCACUCCAGUCCGCGCCAUCAUCGUCAUCAACCCAUUCAUCAUCGUCUUCUUCAACUUGGCCCUCCUCAAACACUAUUGGCGGAGUUACAGGCUGACCUUUUCGCUCAACUUCACUCCAAAUUGUACCAAGCAAAGAGUGAUCUCUGACCCAAUCCUGGCAUGAGGUAAUGGGUCCCCUUUUUCUUGCCUUUCUAUCAUAUCUCGCAUGGGUAGCCACAUUCAAAACGCUGAUUUUAUUGUCGGGGUCAACCUCUUGCCAGUGAGGUAUCAUGCUGUUGAAGUCGGGUAGGUAGGGUGGCCAGUUGCAGAAAGCUAUUGUCAUCUUAGGCUCUUCGUAUACUAGACCGUCACGCUUCGUGUCUCGAUGGUUUGCUGUAGCCCAUGCUCUCGCCCAUCCUCCUUUGAUAUCAUCAUUUGAAAGGUCAUCGUCGGAAGGAUCAGGUCUUAUGAAGACAGCGGAUUCCAAUUGUGGACACGAGGCCAUAUCUUUCCACAAUUGCUCCUCCAUCAUGACGUUAUACAGGCAUAAACGUCGCAGUUUCGGCCAUUUGGUAAAGACUUGAUAUUGCCCAAUAGCAGUCUCACCAAGGUAUAAUUCGUCUUUGACGCUGAUGAGCUCUUCGACGUUGACCAGAGCCUCAAAGCCCUGUCUGAGGGACUUUAAAAUGAUUACGUCUUCCCAAGGAUCUAUAUCCCUCAAGGGCAUAUCCACGAUGAGAGUCUUGAGGACUGGUGCAAGAGUGAUGAGAACGUCUUCAAGAAUAUAAAUCGUUCGAAGGUCUUGCAUAGGGUAUCCUGCCCAGUCGUGCCUCGAAUGCUCAGAAUAUCCAUCGUCCACAGCAGAUUCUGA